CGCACAGACAUAUAUAUGGCCCAUCGUGGAGCCAUGGUUUCAAUUGCCUCUGCUGCAGGAGAAUUCUCCUUACCAACACCUACGGGCGAAUCUGAUUCUCUCUCUACUGAAUUAUCGAGUCUUAAGCUGGACUUUUUUAAUGUUUUCAAGGGAGCUACACCUAGGAAGCCUACGUGUUUGUAUUUUACUCAGGGUUGCUGUACUAUGAUGGAUCAAAGCGAUCACCUGGAUACGCACACACAUGGUUUCCUGGAGCUCAAUACAAAGUCUUUUGAUCUCAGCAAGGUACAGCCUCAAGAUUUCGACUAUUUCCUUGUGCUUGAUUUGGAGGGAAACAUUGAGAUUCUUGAAUUUCCUGUUCUGUUGAUUGAUGCUAAAACCUUGGAGCUUGUUGAUUUCUUCCAUCGAUUCGUAAGGCCCCGAAAAUUGAGGAAAGAGCGACUUGACCAGAAUGUCGAACAGCACUUUGGGAAAUUUGGUAUUAACAGUAUCUGGCACGAGACAGCAAUUCUGUUUAAGGAUGUUAUACCACAGUUUGAAGAUUGGCUGGCCAAACAUAAUGUGUUGACAAAGGAGCUUGGUGGGCAUUUGAAUAAAGCUGCAUUCGUAACCUGCGGCAAUUGGGAUAUAAAGACUAAAAUCCCUGACCAAUGCAGAGUAUCACGGAUGGAGCUUCCACCAUACUUCAUGGAAUGGAUCAAUCUCAAGGACAUCUACUUGAACUUUUACGGGUGGAGGGGUAGAUCUAUGCUCGCAAUGAUGGGGCAGCUUCAGAUGCCAUUAGUAGGAAACCACCAUCUUGGGAUCGAUGACGCAACUAAUAUCACAAGGAUUCUUCAACGUCUGAUUGUUGAUGGUUCAGUUUUACGGAUCACUGCCCGGAGAAACAGUGAUAAAAAGGUGGAAUUCCUCUUUGAAAAUCGUAUUUGGUAGCUAAUUUUAGUUCUUUAAGAUUAAGUGAAGUCGAACUUCAUUAUUUAGUUGAUGAUGCCUUUGAUAAUUGGUGGCCGUACUGUGAUAUAUUGCUUUCAUUUAAGCUGUUUUCCGUACUUGUUUCCAAUUUUACAGAUGAGUAUAAACAACUGCUUAAUUCCUUGAAAAUAUAUUUUCUGCUUUA